GUGAAUUAGAAGAUAUAUUUGAUGAACUACAAAUUGAUGAUAUAGAAGAAGAACUAAAAAUAAAACAAAAUAUCAAAAUUAAUAGUCUAGUUAAUAUGCUUGGAUUAAUUGAUACAAUUAAAAGUAAACUUUAUUGUGCAAUGAAUCAUUAUUAUGAAGAUUUGGAACUUGACG